AAAACAUGGAUGAUUGCUCUUGCUCAACUUUUCGUUGACACAUCACCUUCCUCUCCGUUGUAUCUUCCUACAACUACCUUUGCUAUUUGUGAUCAUAAGCAACAUAACACGCAAUCCUCCCUUCCUCAUUCAAUGUCUUCCUUCUCAACCUUACGGAAGAGCGUCCUGAUGGUUUCCAGGGCCAAUAGAUCUGUGACUCAGACUGACAUGGUCGGUAGACUCACCAAGGUUUUCAGGCCGCGAUGUUUAAAAGCCCAGGGGUCUACUCCAUCUCCAUCUCCAUGUCUCCUUAUUCAACUCACUCAUCGUCAAGAUGUGUACCGCAAUAAUGAUCCUACACACAAUCUGCACCCACCACACCCGCCGCCGCGAACCCUGCUUCUUUGCCUCGGGCCACUGGACCGAGAAGCUCACCAUCCCCAACGCCCCCAAAAAUAUCGUGGCUACUCUCAAGACUCCCGGGGCUUGUAAUUGGAAGCUGGACAUUGUCGAUCGGAUUGAGUUUGGCUAUUGCUCGUUGUGCCUGGGGACGGUGGAGGUCAACGUUUGGUUGAAGUAUGAAGAGAGGGAUUUUGAGGGCGCUCAAGAGAUGGAAGAUGUGGCGGGUAGUGGGAGUGUCACGUCUCAGGAGUGGUUGUACAAGGUGGGCGCCCAAAAGAAGUUCAAACGCCAGUUUGGAUUCAAGGGUGCCCGGGUCAAUCGACCCGUUACUUGUCCAAGCCCAAGGAAGGACAAGAAGAAAAUUCAGUUUGGCUUCUGCGAUCGUUGCGUAGAUCGUCGAAAGGCCGUGGAGAAGGCACGUGCCUGA